CGCUCUGUUUUUCUUCUACCCAUUCCUCUCAUGAUGGCUCUUGGACACAACGUUCUGCUUUUCUUUUGCAUUUCACCCUUUGCUAAUGCACUUUACAAGCAAUGGAUUCCAGACACUAAUUUUGAGAAUGCAACCAACUGGGACAAAGGGUCUGUACCCUGCGGGAAUGACCAAGUGGAGUUUUUAGCGAACAGAAAAGUGUCGGUGUAUGUAGAAACAGCUCACACUAUUACCGGGAUGAGCUUGCCUGUGGAUGGAGAACUGAUUCUGGCGUCUGGCGCUGGGUUUACUGUGCGAGAAGGUGGAGAUCCUGGCUGUGGAUCUGGGGGGACGGCUCAAUUUAAAGACUCUGAAUCGCUGAAAUGGUUCGACCCUUCACUGUGGGUGGCUGCGACCACUAUUGACGACCUGCACAGAGGUACAUACCAGUUUUCAGUCCAUGAGGAGAGUGUCCCAUGCCAAAAUGACGAUGUUGUAUUUCGAGAUGCCACCUCAUUCCGUGUGGAGAUUUCAUCAGAUCAUAAUGUGCCUGUGAAGAGUGUCUCUGUACUCGGAAAAAAGUUCACCAGCAGCUCUGAGUUUUCUCAGUACCUGUCUUCCAGUUCUGGCAAGCUACAGUUUCAUGGCACCGCGUCCCUUAGCAUCAGCGGUUCAGGAUGUGGUGAAAUCUCAGGCUGCAUCUGCGAUAACUCUAGGAAUCGUGACAAGAUCUGUGCAAAUGUGAAGUGCGAUACGCUCGAGUGCAAGAAACCCCUGCAUGCACUGGGACAUUGCUGCAAUGUUUGUGGCGCUCUUGUCUACGUUCAGUUCUCUUCGAGCUUCAACUUUGAGUCGUACCGCCAGCGUCUCCAGCACCUCUUUCUCAACACGGACAAAUACAAAUCUGCACAGAUGGCCAUGUCGAAAGUGUCCAAAGAGCAGAGGCUUCUGGGAGUGAUUCCUUUCGGAGCCACUCAGGAGAUUCAGGUGCUGCUUCUGGACCAGAAAUCCGGACAGGAAUCUGGGAGUUUGGCUGAGGCUCUUGCUCGGGACAUAAUGAAGGACGUGCACAACCAUGGCUCAAAUGUUGGCAUCAGCAGUGCGGAGUUCCAGGCGUCAUCUGGGGCGAGCAGCAGUGACGUGGCUGGAAACAGUGCAGGGGUUGUGGCCGGUGCAGUGUUGGGGUGCCUGCUUAUUUUCGGUUUAUUUGCAGGCUUUAUUCUCCUCUAUCGAAGGGGUGUUGUUAAGUUACCAAGAAUGCCUAGCAUCCCCUCACUAAGCAAAUGGAGGAACGGUAGUGACAUUGGGGAACUGGGUGGCCCCAUGGACCAUGGCUUUGACAACCCCAUGUUUGACAAGCCCACUAUGAUGCCGGAACAACCUGAGCUAUAUGGGUCAGAGACAGUAAACUCCGUCGUCCUAACCAAAUCAGGAGUGCAUUUCGUGAAUCCUGUUUAUGAUGAAACCGAUUUCAAUGGAUGAAAGGUGUAGUUUCAGACAAUUGGAUGGGGGAUGUGGGGACAAAAUAAGCAGAAUUAAAUCUUAAAGACGAAAAAUGUCCUUGUGAAGGGGCAGAAUGAUAAAUAUUAUGUUCAAAUCUGCACAAGCGAAUCACAAAAUGUUUUAUUUGGUUAGUCUCAUGAUGUAAUGGGAAGUUUUCAGUUUUCACAUGCUGUAUUUUCUGAAAUUCUAUACCACAUAAUCAGGUUUCUCUUCAUAAAUAAAUUAAAGGCAUGAA